UGAUACACAUGUGAAUGAAGGAGAUUAAUAAAUCAAAAUCACUUGAAUUGACAAAUCCUCAAUAUUAUGAAAAACCAGAGAAUCUUCAAGUGAAUCUAUAAUGCAAAUCCGAAGUUCAUCUGGAUGUGAAAAAGUUGAUCGGCGCGGUGGGCGCCAUAAGCGCAGCUGAUUUGGUUUGAUUGUGGUAUUGUGUUUGGUGUCGAUCGGUUAAGCCUAUAUAUUUGUGUCGAUCGCCGAGUGAGUUGUUCAGUGCACUGUGGCUGUCGGCGAGUCCUUCCUUCCACCGGCCACCGCACCGAUUGACCGUCGAGCGCGAGAUGGCACACGCUUACAACAUAGGCCUCCUACUCCACUGCAUCUGCAUGCUCUGCUUCCUUUUUGCCAGCUUCAACUUGUGUUGCAGAGUAGCAAAUGUGGCGGCAGCGGCCAAGUACAAAGUAUUGUGGAACGUGCCGACGUUUAUGUGCCACAAGCACGGCCUGAACUUCUCAAGUGUAUCUGAGCAGUGGGGUUUGCUGCAGAACCGGGGUGACCAGUUCCGAGGCAACGCGGUGGCGCUGCUCUACGACCCGGGGCUGUUCCCCGCCCUGCUCGACGCAACCCGCCUCACGCCGCAACAGCCCCGCAACGGCGGCGUGCCGCAAGCCGCCAAUCUCACCAAGCAUCUCCACAUCUACCGCAACGACAUCGAGCGGCUCAUACCCGAUGCUGGCUUCAAGGGGAUAGCCAUAAUUGAUUUUGAACACUGGAGGCCUAUAUGGAGGGAGAACUGGGGAUCACUGAAUUCUUACAGAAUCUAUUCGAGGAAUCUGGUGAAGAAGAGCCAACCGUGGCUGAGUGAAAGUGCUGUCGAGAAAGAGGCUACGACUCAAUUUGAGAAGGCUGCCAAAUCAUUUCUGUUGACAACUCUGCAGGUGUCCAAACAAUUGAGACCGCUGGCAAAAUGGGGCUAUUAUGGAUAUCCGUUUUGUUUCAAUUACAAAUUGACAGGCAAUAACAAACUAUCUUGCACAGAAGAUGUGAUAGAGGAUAAUAACAGAUUGAAAUGGUUCUUCGAUGAGAGCACUGCUCUAUAUCCAUCUCUAUACUUGAAAAAUCAAGGCAUGACUGAAGAAAAAAGAGCAAAGUUCAUGAUUGGUCGAAUGGAGGAAGCCUACAGGUUGUCACACAAGGGCAAGUUCAAGCCAGUUUUCCCAUACACAUGGUACAAAUAUCACGAUGUCAACAGAUUUUUGAGUCGUGAGGAUCUUAUAAAUUCACUGGAAAUACCAAAGAAAAAAGGAUCAAACGGUGUUAUAAUCUGGGGUGCAACCAAUGAUGUGAAUACCAAGGAAAAGUGCUUAGCUCUUCUAGACUAUGUUGACAGAAUUUUGGGACCAACAGUGAAAAUAGUGAAACAAAGACUGGAGAGAUGGGAGAGAAUAAAACAAAAAAUUCAUUUCAAUGAGAGUAUAGAUCCUAAUGAAGUGGAAAAAGAAGUGAUAUUGGUAAGAUGACGUUGCCUUACUUUCCGGAUCAAUAUUCUGUGUUCUAGUGAGAGUGACAGCCAUAGUUUACCCAGUCGGGGAAAAUAAAUAUGUAAAUAAUAUUGUGUGCAUGAGAGGAGACUGUGACAAAAGCAACUUUCAUGAACAAUCUCGCAAACGAGGAAUAAAUAAUAUUCUUAACAAAAAUUGCUGUAAUUGCAAUGUUCAAAACUGAACAUUGAAUAUAUUUUACUGCUUCUACUGUUGAAAUCAAAUUCGAACCAUUAAAUUACCGUAAAUGAAAUUUAAAACGAAGUUAACGAGCAAUGGAGGUUGAAUUUUUUUUUUGGAUUGGACUAUUUUUGUGAUAAAGAAAAUGCAGUGUGCAAAUACUCAAUUUAUUUUUAUAAGAUAAUUGGUUUUUACUCAUUAUCAAAGAGCUUCCAACUUUUCAAUAAAAUUGACUAACUCAACUAAUGAAAAUUUUCACAUUAUUUGUGAAUAAUUAUAGUUCAUGAACUGAAAGAGCUAAAAGUAGUUUAAAGAGCUAGUUAUUGGAAUUCAAUAAAAAAUUGCAAUCUUCUAGCAUUUGGUCAAAAAAGUGUGAAUCUGGUACUCUCACCUUGGCCUCCUCAACAAUGCGCCUCCAAUAAUCUCUAUCACCUGCUCGCCUCCUCCAGUUUCUCACUCCAAAGCACGCCAGAUCUCUCUGCACAUCUUGAAGCCAGCGGGUUCUGGGGCGACCUCUUGGACAUUCGUCCAACAUGCAUCUGUUUCUGUGUUCUGUUUUGCUCCAUUCGUUGUACAUGGCUCAUGGCAUAGUAAUCUGCUACAUUUGAUUAAACACCCACUUUUGAAAAAAAA